AAAACAGGUUGGGUCUCGGGAACCUUUUAAUACCCAUCUCCGCCCCCCGUUUGAAGCGUCAGAGCACCAGCUCUCCAGGGGCUCUCUAACGCAGAACCAGUCUACACGCUCCUCUAAACUUUACGCACGGAUGUGCUCCCGUGGAAGUAUUUAACGCGCGGUUUUGAUGUGCUUCAGCCGAGCCGUAUUGCUCCAAAUAACUUCUCUACCUACUGGAAGCGGUCCCAGGCUUGUUUGGCUGACUUUUUUUUUUUUUUUCCAAAAAAAAGUAAACUUUUUAAAAACUUUUAAAUUUUUAUGUGAUUCGCUUCAUUCCAGCAGACAGAUGCAGUAAAUCUGAAAAAUGGCCGGUGCCUUAUUAAAGUGCCUAGCCUUGGCGCUCUGUGUCAGCGCGCACGGACUCUUGGCAGACUCCCGGGUUGAGGAGGGUGAUGAAUCCGGUGACAGCGCCUCUACCCUGGCCUUUGUGUUCGAUGUUACCGGCUCCAUGUACGACGAUCUGAAACAGGUGAUAGAGGGCGCCUCGCGGAUCCUGGAGAAGACCCUCAGCCGGAGGACCAGACCCAUCAAAAACUUUGUCCUGGUCCCCUUCCAUGACCCAGAUAUUGGUCCUGUGUCCAUCACUACCGACCCAAAGAAGUUCCAACAGGACCUGCAAGAGCUGUUUGUCCAGGGUGGCGGCGACUGCCCUGAAAUGAGCAUAGGAGCCAUCAAGAAAGCCCUGGAGGUGUCCCUGCCUGGAUCCUUCAUCUAUGUUUUUACCGAUGCCAGGGCCAAAGACUACCGACUGAAAAGAGAUGUUCUGCAACUGGUGCAGCUCCGCCAGUCACAGGUAGUAUUUGUGUUGACGGGGGACUGCGGGGACCGCUCUCAGCCUGGUUACAGAGCGUACGAGGAGAUCGCUGCCACCUCCUCAGGACAAAUCUUUCACUUGGACAAGCAGCAGGUCAAUGAGGUUUUAAAGUGGGUAGAGGAGACAGUCCAGGCCAUGAAGGUCCACCUGCUGUCCUCCAACCAUGACAGUGCACAGGAAAACAAGUGGGAAGUGCCCUUUGACCCGAGCCUCAGAGAGGUCACCGUGUCUCUGAGUGGACCAGCACCGCAAAUCGAGCUCAGCGACCCAUUUGGUCGGGUAGUUGGUGUGGAGCAGGGCCUUAAAGAGCUGUUGAAUAUUCCCAAUUCUGCGCGUGUCAUCAAUCUUAAAUUUCCAAGGCCCGGAGCCUGGAAACUGAAGGUGAGCUGCAGUGGCCGUCACACGCUGAGGGUCACAGGGGUCAGCGAUCUAGACUUCCGAGCCGGCUUUUCCAGUGUGCCUGUGUCCGAGUUUAACCACACAAGAGAGAGACCAAUAAAAGGACUUCCAUCCCAUCUUAUGCUUAAAUGUUCAGGCCUGAAGCCUCCGGGUCAUCUUAGCCUCGUGGAGCUCGUGUCAGGCUCAGGCCGCUCCUUGCGCACGAUCCCUGUGCCUCUGCCCUCUGACCUCGGACAACAAGGGCUGUGGAGUCUCCCAGAGUUUCGCACCCCUCCCCAGAGCUUCUUCAUCAAGGUAACGGGCAAAGACGAGGAGGGCUACCGCUUCCAGAGGCUGUCCAGCGUCUCCUACACCAACAUCGUUCCAGAUCCCCCAGCUGUGAGCAUGCCUGAUGUGGUGAAGGGCUUCUACAUGCAGCCAGCUGUCAUUGGCUGCUCGGUGCGGAGUGACGUUCCCUACAGGCUAAGAUUCACCAGAAGUGGGAUUACGCUGGGAGAGGAAAAGUUCUUUCAGAAUUCUGCCAUGGCAUCGUGGGAGAUUGGCGAAGCAUCAGCAGAAGACGAAGGCCUGUACGAGUGUAUAGCGCAAAGCAGCGCAGGACAGGGACGGGCCUUAACGCAAUUAACUGUCAGAGAGCCUCCUCCGGUCUUGAAGCCCGCGGUGAAUGUGACUUCCUCUGUGGGAGGUGUGGCUGUGUUGUCCUGCCAAGUGGAAGGCUCCAUGCGCCACAACUUGACCUGGCAUCGAGCGGGACGCACCAUCCGGGCCCAGGCGGGGCGGGUGAAGCUGCUGGCCGACUCGUCCCUCCAGAUCAGCGGGGUGAGAGCUCAAGAUGCUGGACAGUACCACUGCGUGGCCACCAACGCCCAUGGAGACAGCAGAAUCACCGUCUGGCUUCUCGUCCCAGAGGCUCCUUCAGUGGUAGUACACCCUCAAACCCAGGCUUUCUCCCGAGGGGAUGAGAUCCGCCUGGUCUGUUCAGCGUCCGGAUCCCCUCCUCCCCAGCUCUUCUGGAGCCAUGGAAACAUGUUUCUAACUAAUCGGCCGAGGUUGAGCCUGGGCCAGAAUGGAGUUCUGUCCAUCAGAGGGGCUCUCCCAGAGGAUGCUGGGAACUACACAUGUCUGGCUACCAAUGAGGCUGGAACGGCUUCUCAGUCUGUGUCACUUACCUAUGCAGAGCUGCCGAGAAUAACCGUGGUACAGCAGGUUGUGCUUGUGUCGGUUGGUGCGGAUGCAACUCUGGAGUGUCAAGCCACAGGAGUUCCCGCUCCACUUGUUCACUGGUUCAAAGGUGAGCUUGCGGUGGGCUCCGCUCCGUUUGUUGAGCAGGAUGUUCACCGAGGGACCCUCCACAUUCGAGGCGUGCAGGAGGUCGACGCUGGUCGGUACAGCUGCAUGGCAAGCAGCUCUGCUGGAACCUCCUCUGGCACUGUCAGUUUGGAGGUUGGAGUGGGUCCAUUGUUCUCUGAGGCACCGGUCGACGUAACAGCUAACGUAGGGGAGAAUGUCACCCUCCCCUGCGUUGCCCGAGGCUUCCCGCAGCCGACGGUGACUUGGCGCAGGCAGGAUGGCAGACAGAUUCUUAAAAGGACAGACAGCCACAGCAGAACAAUGCAGCUGGAGAACGGACAUCUUCUAAUCCAAAGUGUCUGGCUGGAAGAUGAAGGGGUUUAUGUCUGUGAGGCCAAGAACGCGUUUGGUACAAUCAAAGCAGAGGCCAGAGUUAGCAUCACUGGGCUGGAACCUCCUCUGCUGGCUCAAACUGCUCCAAUCAUCACCACUGGCUCUGGCCAGUCUCUUAGUAUUCCUUGCAUGCUGUUGGAUGGAAUACCUCUUCCAGAAAGACACUGGACCCAAAAUGGCAAACCUGUGCAGCUGAAUGGGAGGAUGUUCUUGAGGAGCGAUGGCAGUUUGUUCAUUGAAAGAGCCAUCCCAGAGGACACUGGGACGUAUGUCUGCACUGCAGUGAAUGUAGUAGGAUCCACGAACAUCACAGUCAGCCUUGAGGUCCAUGUGCCCCCAGAGAUCAACGCCGGUCCGUACCACUACAUAGCCAACGAGGGUGUUGCCAUCACACUAUCAUGCGAGGCCAGCGGAGUUCCCAAGCCAGAUGUAGUCUGGUCCAAGGGGAGGCAGCCUCUGCCCAGGGACCGCUCCUCUCUCCAGUCUGACUCAGACGGGUACCUCCACAUCCGCCACCCCACUGCUGACGACGCUGGCGUCUACAUCUGCACUGCCACCAGUCCCGUGGGCUACGCUAGCCGAGAGAUCCAGCUCAGUGUCAACACCAUGCCAAAGAUAAUGGGUGUGAGUGGCCACGACAACACAGUAAAGAUGGCUGCAGAGGUGGGCACGGAGGUCGUUCUACCAUGUGAGGCCCAGGGAAGUCCUUCCCCACUAGUCACAUGGAGAAGAAACGGCCAUCCCAUCCCUCCCGUCACAGCUGGGUUCACUGUUUUGCCUUCAGGCUCCCUGAAGAUCACUGAUGUGCGCCUGAUUGAUAGCAAACUGUACACCUGUACUGCAGAAAACCCAGCAGGCAACGUGUCCCUAAGCUACAAUUUACACAUUCAAGUUAAACCCAGGAUUCAGCCAGCGCCCUCCCUCCUGAAAGCCCUGAUUGGCCAAACAGUGACUCUGCCUUGUGUGGUCCAGGGCGAGCCAAGUCCUGAGGUCACUUGGCUUCACAAUGGCCUCCCUGUUGGGGUCAAGAAUGUUACACCCCUAAGGAUCCAGCGGGUCAGCCUCGCUGACCAGGGAACCUACCAGUGUGUGGCCAGGAACAGUGCCGGACAAGAGACCCUGGAGAUCAAGCUGGAAAUUCUUGAGGCCCCGUCCUUUGCAGAGCCUGGAGACGCCAUCAUGGAGAAAGUAGCCAACAGCAAGGUCAUCAUCCCCUGCCCUGCUGAAGGAUCACCUCGGCCCAAGGUGCGCUGGUUCAAGAACGGCCUGGAGAUACACCCCGAACAAUCAGAGUUUUCUGUGGCGAGGGAUGGAGCGCUCGUAAUUAGCACAGCAUCUGCCAGUCACAGUGGGGACUUCAAGUGUGUGGCAACCAACGAGGCAGGCUCUGUGGAGAGAAAAACUAGGCUAAAAGUAAACGUUCCACCGGAGAUCCAAGAGGACGGGCAGCCCCUGAAUCUCACUGUCACCUUGAAGCAGCCUCUCACUCUGGGCUGUGAUGCCUUCGGGAUUCCCUCUCCGAUAAUCACCUGGACCAAAGACGGCCAUUCUGUGGACACUCCUGGGGUGUAUCUGCAGAAUGGGAACAGGCUGCUCAGAAUCUACAGGGUUCAGCCUGAACAUGCGGGACAGUUUGCCUGCACAGCACAAAACUCAGCUGGAGAGGCCCGGAGAGAAUAUAACAUAGUGGUGCAAGCUCCACCGGUGAUCUCGGGGGCAUCCCGCCUGCAGGAGCUAACUGUGGUGCUGGGCCAGGAGGUGGAGUUUCAGUGUCGAGUCAGUGGACGACCAGCGCCCAGAGUGGAAUGGAGCCGCGAUGGAGAGGUUCUCUCCCGUGAUGGGGACCCGCAUGUGGAGUUUCUGGAAGACGGCCAGGUGUUGAAGGUGAAGUCAGUAAGACUGAGGGACCAGGGGCUUUACCAGUGCCUGGCCAGUAACAACGCAGGGACUCAGAUGCGCCAGUUCAGACUCACAGUGCAAGCUCCCCCCACCAUCAAGGGUGGAAGUGAGACCUCAGAGGUGUCAGUGGUGCUGGGUUUCCCCACAGUCCUUCCCUGUGAUGUGGAGGGCUCACCCACACCCAGCAUUACCUGGCUAAAGGACAACCAGCCCAUCGUGUCCACUCCGCAGCGAACGUACACCCGCGGUGGGCAGGCUCUGCGGCUGGGAUCAGCACAGGGAGACAGCAGUGGCCUCUACACCUGCAAGGCCACAAAUCCAGCCGGCACAGCCAUCAGGCACUAUUCCCUCAGGGUUCUGGUCCCUCCACAGAUAGAAGGAGACUCCACGUCCUUGACAUUUGGUGGUCAGGAAGAGAAAGUGCGUGUCAAUGGGAGUUUAACUCUGUCCUGCCUGGCUAAAGGUUUCCCUGAGCCCAAAGUUCUUUGGUUCAAAGAUGGACAGCUGCUGACUGGAAACUCACAUGCCGGCAUCCAAGAGAGUGGCCACUUCCUCCACAUAGAGGACGCCAUGCUGUCCCACGAGGGGCAAUACACUUGUGUGGUCAGCAACUCUGCAGGAGAGGACAAGAGAGACUUUCAUGUUACCAUUCAAGUUCCUCCGAUCUUCCACCGAGUGACUAACAGGGAGGCAGCCUGGGGUCUGGGACACGAGGAUGAUGAUGAAAAGAACGAGGACAUGGUAGAGAAGCGGGAGGUUGUCCUUGGCCAUCCAAUCAGCCUCUCCUGUGAGAGUAACGCCAUCCCCCCGCCCAAGCUCAGCUGGUACAAGGACGGUCGAAAGCUCACCUCAGCUGACGGGGUGGUACUACUUCCAGGUGGAAAUGUGCUACAAAUUGCCCGAGUGCAGAACGAGGAUGCUGGGAAGUAUACAUGUCAGGCUAUUAAUGAGGCAGGGGAAGACCACAUGCACUUUGAACUGGAGAUCCUAGUCCCUCCUGCUAUCUUGGGAGCAUCAAAGGAGUUUAUGGAGGAAAUGGGAGCGGUGGUCAACAGCACCGUGAUGUUACACUGUGACGUGACUGGACAUCCAGCACCGGUCAUCUCCUGGCUGAGAGAUGGGCAGCCGGUGCACACGGACUCACAGCACUACAUCAGUGAGGAUGGGACGCAACUUCAGCUCCUCAGUGUCCAGGUUUCAGACAUGGCUGGGUAUUUGUGUGUAGCUGAGAACAAGGUUGGAACAGUGGAGAAGCUCUUCAGUUUGACGGUUCAAGUGCCUCCUAGAAUAAGCGGCCCUAAGGAGGAAGCGGUUAGCGUUGUCCAAGGCCACAUGGUAUCACUGCUGUGUGACGUUCAAGCGUACCCUCCUCCGGAGAUCACCUGGACCAGAGACGGGCAGGUUCUUCACUUCAGCACCGGCAUCCAAAUUCUGCCAGGUGGCCAGAUGUUACAGUUGCCCCGAGCAAGACUGGAAGAUGCAGGGCAGUAUGUGUGCACGGCCACCAACUCAGCAGGACAAGAUCAGAAGAGUAUUCUCCUCAGUGUUUAUGUGCUACCCACCCUCAAACCCCGGCAUGAUGCUGAGUUGGACUCGCUGACACCCCAGGUUGGCUCCUCAGUCACCUUGCGAUGCGACGCACAUGGCGUCCCUGAGCCGGAGGUCACGUGGUACAAGAAUGGGCUGCAGCUGGCUGCAGGGAACGGGCUGAAGAUGGAGCGACACCAGCUGGAGAUCAUAGGCGUACAGAUAGCAGAUGGUGGCACAUACACUUGCAAAGUGUCCAACGUGGCUGGACAGGUAGACAGGACGUUCAGGCUGGCAGUUCAUGUUCCACCUGUUCUGGAUGGACCACUUCGGGAGUUUAUAAAUUACACUCUAGGCUCCCGUGUGGCCCUGCUGUGUGAGGCCACUGGAGUACCUGUCCCCAGUAUUACUUGGCUCAAAGACGGGACCCCUAUUGAGAGCAGUCUGCAGUGGCAGUGGUCCGUUCGUGGUAACAGGCUGGAGCUUGGGCCUCUCAGUCUGUCUCACGCUGGAACGUACACCUGCGUGGCCAAGAACGGCGAGGGACAAACACAGAAAGACUACACACUCACAGUGCAAGUGUCGCCCACCAUCCUCGACUCCGACCGCCCGUCUGAUCUGAGUGCGCCCUUGGGAGAGGAGUUGACCCUGGAGUGCAGAGCAAAUGGAACCCCUAAACCCAGCCUCAGCUGGCUGAAGGAUGGAGCGACACUAGAGGGAUCGGACGCCCGUCACAUCUCUGUGACCCCUGACGGCAGCACUCUAACCUUACUGAGGCUGAAACCCGAGGAUUCUGGGACAUACACGUGCUUGGCCGUCAAUCCAGCUGGACAGGAGAGCAAAAUCUACAGCCUUUUUGUACUAGUUCCGCCAUCUAUCUCCGGUGAGACCACUGUCCCCAGAGAGGUGCAGGUGACGCAGGACACCACCGUGACGCUGGAGUGUCAGGCAGCAGGAAACCCUCCGCCUCAGAUCAGCUGGCUGAAGGACGGGCGCCCCCUGCUCCUCUCUCCCCGCACACGCCUCCUCACUGGCGACUCUUUGCUGAGGAUUUCUCCUGUGCAGCUGUCUGAUUCUGGCGUUUACACUUGUCUGGCACGCAGUCGGGCCGGUCUUGCUGAGCUCAGCUACGACGUCCAAGUCCAAGUGCCCCCUGGUGUGGAUCAUGUUGAACCAGUGGAGCCGGUUACAGUGGUCCAGGGAUCAUUGGUGACAUUAACCUGUGAAGCUCGUGGUGUACCCCCUCCCACACUGACUUGGAUGAAGGACAGCCAGCCACUGUCACUUCACCGCAACCUGCUGCUGGACGGGCAGGAGACACGGCUGCAGCUGCCUGACGUGGCUCCUUCUGAUGCAGGCCUCUACAGCUGUGUGGCUAGUAACCAGGCUGGAAGUAGCACAAAGAGCUUUAACCUCACCGUGCUCGAGCCUCCAAAGAUAUCCAGCACCAGCUCUCCAGAAGAGCUGACCAUAGCUGUGGACAGUCAGCUGGAGCUGGAGUGCUCUGCAGUGGGAGUCCCACCUCCCACCCUCAGCUGGCUCAAGGAUGGUCGCCCCUUGGAAGGAAGUGAGAUUGUUCAGCAGGAGGGGCACUUUGUCAGGAUCAGCAAAGUUCAGGUUGAGGAUGCAGGUCUGUACACCUGCUUGGCCAGCAGCCCAGCCGGAGAGGAUGGAAAAAACCACUGGGUCCGAAUACAAGUGCCCCCAACGCUCCUAGGCUCCGGUGAUGUUAGGACGCUGACAGUACCAGUGAAUGGACACCUGACUUUGGAGUGCCUGGCUGAUAGUGACCCCCCUCCUGAUAUACAGUGGUACAAGGACGAGGCCAAACUGCAGCUGGGUGGUCGUAUCCAGCGGCUGGCAGGGGGUCAGUACCUGGAGAUCCAGGAGGUCAGGCCUGAGGACAGUGGCCAGUACAGCUGUGUGGUUACCAACAUGGCCGGGAGCACCAAUCUCUUCUUCACUGUGGAGAUUCUCUUACCCCCGGUAAUAAAGGAGAGUGGGUCCGUGGUGACAGUUCAUAUCGGCCAGGAUGCAGUUCUGCCUUGUGAAGUUGAAGGUGACUCCUCAUCUACGGUCACGUGGAGGAAAGACGGCUUCCCUGUGCCUCAAGAUAACAAGAAGUACACCAUGUUAUCAGAGGGCUCCUUGCGUGUACAUGAGGCUCAGCUGAACGAUGCGGGUCGGUACUACUGCACCGUGUCCAACCAGGCUGGCUCAGAUCACCGGGGAAUGGAUCUUCGUGUGUUUGUGGGUCCAUCAAUCAGUCCGGGUCCAUUCAACGUGACAGUAACCACCGGUAUUAGAGCUGUGCUGAGCUGUGAGACUACAGGUAUACCCCCACCUAAAAUAUCCUGGAAGAGGAACGGCACUCCACUCGAUGUCGGCCAGCAGCCUGGUGCAUACAGGUUGCUGCCCUCUGGGUCUCUGGUCCUUUUGUCCCCAGCCAGUGAGGAUGAAGGAUAUUUUGAGUGCACUGCAGUCAAUGACGUGGGAGAGGAGCGCAAGGUCAUCGAGGUCAUCCUGCAAGUCCCGCCAUCCAUAGAAGAUGACGUCACAACGGUCAAGGCUGUGAAAAUGUCACCCGUGGUGUUGCCUUGUCACGUACAAGGACAGCCUCAGCCCACUGUUACCUGGACGAAGGGCGGAGCCAAACUGAGCGCCAGAGGAGGAAGUUACCGUGUCCUUCCCACCGGAGUGUUGGAGAUAACUGCUGCUUUGCCCAGUCACACUGGCAGAUACACAUGCUCAGCCCGCAACCCGGCCGGAGUGGCUCACAAACACAUCACUCUCACAGUGCAAGAGCCGCCAGAGAUCAGGCCAAUGGCAGAGGAAGUGCAAGUGGUGCUGCAUCAUGGGACUGUUCUCCCCUGUGAGGUUCAAGGCUUCCCCAGACCAUCAAUCACCUGGCAAAGAGAAGGAGUUCCCAUAGCAGCAGGUCACAGGUUGGCUGUGCUCUCAAACGGAGCUCUGAAGUUCUCCCGUGUGACGCUCGGGGACGCGGGGGCCUACCAGUGUCUGGCAAAGAAUGACGCUGGUGUAGCUGUGGGCAGGACCAAACUAGUCCUUCAAGUUCCACCAGUGCUGAGUGUUCCUCGCGUUGAGUACACUGCUGUGUUGGGCCAGCCGGUCAGUCUGGAGUGUGUGGCUGAUGGACAGCCACAACCUGAAGUUACCUGGCACAAAGAGAGGAGGCCGGUGGUUGACGGUGCUCACAUACACAUCUUUGCCAAUGGAACUCUGGCAAUCACGUCCACCCAGCGCAGUGACGCAGGUCUUUACACCUGCACUGCCAAAAACCUCGCCGGCAGAGCCAGCCACGACAUGAGGCUGCUUAUCCAAGUCCCACCCAUGAUUCCUCCCGCGCAGACGGAACUGUCAGUCAUUCAGGGAUUUCAGGCGCUGCUGCCUUGCGCCGCUCAGGGUUCACCAGAGCCGAGAGUGUCGUGGGAGAAGAACGGCGCCACGGUGCCCAACCUUCCUGGUAAAUUCACUGUCCUGCGAUCAGGAGAGCUGAUUAUUGAGAGGGCGGAGCUGGGAGAUGCUGGUGUGUUUACAUGUGUCGCCACCAACACAGCUGGCUCUGUGAGACAAGACAUCCGCCUGUCCAUCAACAUGAGGCCUGUCUUCAAAGAGCUGCCAGGUGAUGUAACUCUGAAUAAAGGACAUAGCCUGGCUUUGUCCUGCCAUGCUCAGGGAACACCUCCUCCUGUCAUCUCCUGGACUGUCAACAACAGUCCCUAUGAAGGUGCUGUAGAUGAGUCAGGCCGGAGCUCAGUGUUCGUAGAGAACGUGACUUCGAGUGAUGCUGGGACCUACGUAUGCAUCGCAGAAAACAGUGUGGGCUCCAUCAGAGCACUCUCAUUUGUCCGUGUCAGAGAACCUCCGGUGUUGAAGGGUGAAGCCCACACGUCUCAGACAGUCGUCCAGGGUGGCAACGCUAUGCUUGACUGCCCGAUCCAUGGGGACCCCAGCCCCGUCCUCCGCUGGCUCAGAAAUGGAAACCCCUUACUCCGCUUCCACCGAAUGCAAACACUCCACAACGGAUCCUUGGUCAUUUACACCACCACUUCUGCAGACGAAGGGGAGUAUCAGUGUUUGGCUGAGAGUGAGGCUGGAACAGCAGAGAGGACCAUUACUCUCAAGGUUCAGAUCAAUGGAGGUUACUCUAACUGGGAGGAGUGGGGUCCAUGCAGUAGCACAUGUGGGCAAGGCUUCCAGGAGAGAAUCAGACUAUGCAACAACCCAGAGCCAGCUAACGGUGGCCGAUCAUGCAGCGGCCCCAGUAUCGACUCCAGGAAAUGUCAGGCUGGUCUGUGUCCAGGUGAGGUUCCACGUAAGGCAAGAGGCAGCCUGAUAGGAAUGGUGAAUGAGAGAGAGUUUGGCGUGUCCUUCCUGGAGGCCAACAUCACUGACAACGAGGAAGAAGGGAGCAGCACUCUACAGGCACGCCUGGAAAACAUUCCUCCCACUGUGGGUCCUUUGCUGAGGGUGCUGGUGUCUGUGUUUGCUCCCAUGUAUUGGACCACUGUGCUGCAGAACGGAGCAGCCAGGAACGGCUACACUUUAACCCAGGGCCAGUUCAGACAGGAGUCUCAGCUGGAGUUUGAGACUGGAGAGAUCCUUCGUUUGACGCAUGUUGCCAGAGGCGUGGAUUCCGAGGGAGUUUUACUAAUUGACGUAGUGAUCAAUGGAUUUGUCCCUCCGUCACUGUCAUCAUCUCAUCUGAGCCUGCAGGACUUUGAUGAGUCAUACGUGCAGACGGGCCAAGGGCAGCUGUAUUCGUGGUCAUCUCAGACCCACCAGAGAGGAGGAAACCCCAUGGUGCUGCGCUGUAAUCACACCAUUAUUUAUGAGGGCCAGGAGGAGCGCCAGGGCCCUCUGCUCCAGCUGCUCAAGGUCUCCGGGAUGAACAGCGCCUACAACAUGUUCACUCUCACUCUGGACUUCCAUAUCACUGCCAGCCUUCUCAUACCAGAUGGUUAUGAAGACAAAUGCCCUGAAGGGUUCAACCUUGACACCGCCUCCUACUGUGCCGAUGAAGAUGAGUGUGAGCUCCAGUCUCCCUGUUCCCAUUCGUGUAACAACAUCAUGGGAGGCUUUUCUUGUGCCUGCCCUUCUGGAUUUACCAUUUCUGCAGAGACCAACACAUGCAAAGAUAUUGAUGAGUGUUCCCAAGGCUCACACAUGUGCCACUACAACCAGCAGUGUGUCAACACAGUGGGCACAUAUCGCUGUCAGGCCAAGUGUGGACCCGGGUUUAAGCCCAGCAUCACAGGAAGCAGCUGUGAAGAUGUGGAUGAGUGUAAGGAGUCAGCUGUCUCCCCGUGCCAGCAUCAGUGCCUCAAUACUCUGGGCUCAUACCGCUGUAUCUGCCACCCCGGAUACCAGCUGUCAGGACACCGCUGCAUUGAUAUCAAUGAGUGCCUGAGGAAUGUAUGCCCGGCUCACCAGCAGUGCCGCAACACGGAGGGAGGAUACCAGUGUUUCGACAGCUGCCCAGCUGGCAUGACCAAAGCAGAGAAUGGAGCCUGUGUGGAUAUCGACGAGUGUCAGGAUGGAAGUCACAUGUGUCGCUACACUCAGAUCUGUCAGAACACAAUCGGAGGUUACGGAUGCGUGUGUCCCAGAGGUUACCGGUCCCAGGGAGUAGGCCUUCCGUGUUUGGACAUCGAUGAAUGUCUGCAGACGCCAAACCCUUGCGCCUACCAGUGCCGCAAUGUGCCUGGCAGCUUCAGGUGCUCGUGUCCUCCUGGUACUGUGCUGCUUGGGGAUGGGCGCUCCUGUGCAGGUCUGGAGAGAGGGCACACCUUUACCAACGGCACCAGAGUCAGAGCAAGACUGCGCCCACAGCUGGUGUCGUCCCUCGGCAGGCCCAUUCUCUCCCGCUCACAUGGAGUAUCUCGCAUUACCAGACAGAGCUGUCCUGUGGGGUACACCAACAGAGACGGCACGUGUGUCGAUGUGGAUGAGUGUCUGCUCCGGAAGCCAUGCCAACACGAGUGCAGAAACACCAUCGGCAGCUUCAAAUGCUCGUGUCCCCCAGGAUACCAGCUGCUACCCAACGGCAGGAGCUGUAAAGACAUAGAUGAAUGUGUGGAACAAGGAGUCCAGUGCGGACACAAUCAGAUGUGUUUCAAUACCCGAGGGGGAUACCAGUGUCUGGAUACCCCCUGCCCUACAUCCUACCAGAGUGGAGGAAGUCCUGGGACCUGCUACAGGCCCUGCUCUCUGGACUGCGCCACAGGAGGCUCUCCUCUGCUGCUGCAGUACAAGCUACUCACUCUCCCCUCUGGAAUCCCGGCCAAUCACAACGUGGUACGACUGUCAGCUUUCUCGGAGUCUGGAAUCCUCCAAGAGCGCACUUCCUUCACAAUACUUGAGCAAGAAUCGGAAACGGGUACAAUGGGCCGGGUGUUCGGCAUCAGGGACGAGGCCGGCAGGGGGAUCAUCUUCACCCUCCGGGUUCUGGACAGACCGGGGCUGGUGCGGCUCAAGGUGCAGGCCACCACUAUCUCCCUGCAGGGACGAAUUACCUACCAGAGCAUCUUCAUCAUCUACAUCUCCAUCUCAGCGUACCCCUACUAAGACUUUACAGAUGAGAGGCUGUUGGAUUCCUCUCAGUCGUAAGACAAACCCCCCCCCCUAAAAAUCCUGUGCAUUGGACACAGUAAGCUAUGCAAAGAAAGUCUGACGUACAGCGAAAGGUGGAUGUGGUUAGUAAGUGGAUGUCAUGAAGAUGUGUGCCCUGAUUUGUGAUUGAAAUAUCACUGUGGAAAAAAUUCCUAUCAGAAAAAAAAAAAGACCUUUAAAAUACUGCCUUCAGUAGAAUCUUUUGAAUUGAUCACAGAGUGGAACGGUUUAUAUUGAAGACAUCUGAACGGACAAAGUAUUCUGUUGAUUUAUUUGCCACCUGGCCAAUUUGGUGUGUACAUCUGAAAAUGCAGAACACAAAAAUAUAUAUUAUCAGCCAAGCACUGAAGUUAUUUAGCGUCCAUUAGGAAGUUUUUUUUUUUUUUUUUUUUUUUUUUUAAUGUUCUGCUGUCUAAUACUCGGUGUGUUUGUUUUCAAUGUUGAAUAUCUAAUUUUGGGGCAGAUUUACUCUCAUAUAAAAAUAAUUUUGCAACCCACACUUGGAAAUACAAGCCUGCUGCAAAUUAUUCCACAGCAAUGAAAUUGUAUAAUGUUUUCCCCUAUUAUUUUAAUUUAUUUAAGUCAUUUGAACGCAUCACUGGUUUAAACGACCUCCUGUCACAGGGGUUUGAUUUCACAAGGAUCUACUGGCAUUGUAACGGCACAUUGUAAAAGUGGCUUGUAGCUGCCCAGUGUUUCAUCUAUCUUAUGUGUUUUUGUACUCUUUUAUAACUUUUUUUGUUUUGUUUUGUUUUUCACCAAAAGUGUAAAGGUGCUAUUCUGAAUGUACUUGAGUGAUUUAGCUGAUACUAUUUCAAUAAUUCUUUGGUUUGGUGCUGGUGUCACAAAGACAAGAAAGUUAUUAACUAACCACUCAGUCGGACUGCACUUACAGUUUCUCCAGCGUGGCAUUGGCUACAAUAUAGCACGUCUUUCCUGCAUAAUGUCAUAUAGUGUGCCAUUAAUGUGCAAAUCUGUCCCCGUUGCUGUAAAUGAGUGUCAAAUAUUUGUAGAAAUAAAACAGACAACACUUUUGCUUUUGUAUAUAUCUUCUUACCACACCACCUCCGCCUCGCUCAUUAUGAUGUCUGUCUGCUUUUUUAUCUUUUCUACUGCCACUUUUUUGACUUAGUAAACCUAAAACAAAGCUGAAGUUUAAUCAAGUAGCCGAUCCUCGUCUCUUUCUUUCUCUCUCCAUUCAGAUUUUGCCUCCUUCUCUAUGUGGUCAGCUGUCAUUUCAGUUCAGAAUUGCUUUUAUGCUUCUCCGCCCCCUUCACCUCCCGUGUCCACGUCCACAGCCCGGCUCGACCUCAUCAGGGUCAACUCUUCACCCGAUACAGCUCUCUGGCAUUCUUUCAUCAUCACCACCGCCUGUGUCUAGACCCAGGAGGUUUCCUGUACCGAGCACAGCCUCACCCUCUCCCCGUCAAAUAUGAUAAAGUUAUUAGACUGGGUCUAAUCGCCAAAGACAUUUCUCUUAUUGUGCACAUUAUUAAAUUAAAUGUCCAUUUAGAAGCACGUCUCUCCUGAUUAAAAGAACAUCUUUCAUAAUAGGUUGUGACUCUGUGGAUUUCUCUGUCGUUACGCACCCUGUUUAGUGUCACGUAUACAACGUGUUCUCGUGACUAGUGCUUUGUAUAUCGGGAGGUAAAUAAACAGUGGAAUCAUAUGUAUAUACAAACUA